GGUCUUUCGACCCUCGCUUCUUCGACCCUCUGCCCCUCCAAAAAUAACAACAGAGAGUCCAGGAAACCCUAUUGUUCUUCCCAACCAGCGAUCACCACCACUAGCAGGUAAAUUUCCAUAAAAAUGUCGACCACGAUGGCUAGUAACCUUGCAACCUCACCUCCAUUAGCACCAGUUAGAACAAAUGGUCUGUCCAUGGAGCAAAGUAGGCUAACUAGAUCUAAUCUAGUCAGGGCCUGCAUGCGGUUUCCACCUUAUGAUUACAGCAGGGGACGUCUUCAACUUGCUAAAUCUGGAAUCAGGCUUUCCAAGCCAUUUUCACAUAUUGAUAGAAGAAGGCCCAGCGCAUGUUCCACUCAAAUGCGGUCUACUUCUGUUAUUAUUAAAGCCGCUUCGAAUGCAAGGAACGCUGCUGCUACUGCAGUGCAAACCCAAACUGUUACACGGAAGGCUCCAACAAUUACUAGUAUUCCUGGCAAGGAGAAGUCACCAAAACUCUAUGAUGGCGGGUCUGGUUUCCCACCCUAUCAUGGCGGCGGUGGUGGCGGUGGCGGUGGUGGCGGCGGAGAUAAAUCAUCGGGUGGAUGGAUCCUUUUUGCUUUACUUGGUGUCCUAGGCUUUUUAAAAGAUAAAGAAAUUGAGUGGCGUAAUCGCAGAGAUGGAAGAUGAGAAAGGGGGAAGGGAGAUUUGAACUAGUGAUCUCCGCUUCAUUAAGCAGGGUUCACAGCCGAUUGAGCUAGUCCUCGGGGACGCGUUUAUCAAUAUCUGGCUGGUAUACUUGGGCAGGAAAUUUUAUUGACAUUGGAUUUUGUUUAGGUUAAACACAUAAUUGCUACAUGUGGUUUACUUCUUUAUCAAAAACCUACUUGAGUUUUAAAAAGUGACAAAAUUGGUACUUUAUGGUCAUGUUCACAUACUGACCAAUUG